AUGCCUGAGAAUGCCAAGAAUGACAGGAAGACUUCGGGUUUGGAAGUGAGCGCCGAUAGUGAUGGCGAAGAGGUCGAGCUUCACACCAAAUUUGCUGGGCCCGAGGAGCUACGGCUACGUCUUAGACAGCAACUUGGUGAAGGUGCAAAAGUUCGAGUCCAGAUGAGGCACAAUGUCUACAAGAUUGAAUCUUCCAAGCCGGUCGAUCUGCCUAAAUGGCAUGUAAACAGACGCUCCAAUGCAUUUCUCGUAGUCACUUGCUUUGGUGAGGACAUUGAGAUCGGUCGAUGUGCCACGUUGGACAUCAGCACCGAGGCUCUUGAGUUCUUCCGCUCCCGUAUCUCUGCGGGCGAAUCCGAGGACUUGAUGUCCAAGGGCAAGCAAUCCUUUCGUCACGGCCUUGUCGAUAGUUCCUAUGGCGCCCGUGACAAAGACUAUCAUGGCGUUGAAUGGCUUUGGUGA